AUGGCGGCAUUAUGCAAAAUUGUUUUCUUUAUAUUCCACAUUAUAUGUCUGACAAGUGGUUCUAUAAACUUUACCAACGUCAAGUGUGUGGAAUAUGAUACACCUUUUGCCACAAUGCACCAGUGUGGAUUGAAGUACAUGCAACGUGGUGUUUACGCUGUGAAUAUAUAUAGUAAAUUACAUCAAAUACCGGUGACUAAUGUAUCUAUUAAUUUAGAACUGCAGCGCAAGAAUUUAGAUUAUCGUCCAUAUUUGUACAAUAUCACCGUGGAUUUUUGUAAACUGAUGAAAAAUGCCAAACGUUUCCCUAUUUUUAGUAUGCUGAUCGAUAUCCUGGCUGUUAAUUCAAAUGUCAAUCACACUUGUCCUUAUAAUCUCAACUUGGAAUUGCUGCGUAAGACCAGCAUUUAUCGCCCAUAUUUGUACAAUGUCACCGCGGACUUUUGCAAAGUGAUGAAAAAUGUCAAACGCUUCCACCUCAUUAAUAUGAUUGUCGGUCUUUUGUCCAGCAAUUCGAAUGUUAAUCAUACUUGUCCUUUUAAUCAUGACAUCAUUAUGCGUGACAUGGUUUUGAGAAGAGAUAUUUUUGAACGUUUUCCAGUAACCAAAGGUGAUUACCUACUGAAUAUAAGAGUGGCAGCCUAUAACAAGUGGAGGGCCUGUGUUAAAGUAUACUUUACAGUUUUCGACAAAUAA